AGUAAGAAAUGAGAAAUGCAUACAUAGUGAUUUCCAUAAACACUUAUUUUAUUUUUUUUCGUAAGUGAUAAAUGCAAAAGAAUUACUUUUUCUGUAAUUUCUUAAAAUCGUAUCAUUCAGAAACAAUUAUUGACCAUCACUGUCGAAAUAAAGAAUGCAGGACAUUGUUCACAUAUAUAUGUAGAACAGAGGCUAUUUAAAAAAAUGGGUCAAAUGCAAAAAACGAGACUCGCGUUCGAAAGAGAAUGGGUCAUGGACAUGUCCCAGUGAGAUACUUUAUACAGAGAAAUAAAAUAAAUAAGCAAAAUAAAUAAAAUAAAAAGGCAAAUAAAAAUAUGAAAUUUUUCUUAUCUAACAUCCCAAUAAUGUAUCACAUUGCAAUUUACAAAAUAAAAAAUAGAUUACAAAACUUUUUGUAAAAAAAUAAAAUAUGUAAUUGGAAAUUAAAAAUAGUACAAACAAAAGACGUAUUAGUGGAAGAAUGACUUGAAAUGAGGUGAUGUACUCUAUAAUACCACUGGGUGCUACGAAAAUUUUAUGUAACAGUGGGGAUAUGUUCAACAGAAGCAUCAUUCUUGGCUCAAGAUGAUAUUAAUCUCAAAGCUAUUUCCACACGGGAUACAUAUAGGUGAAGCACAAAAAGAUAUGACUGCUAUUGAAAAGGAAUAUAGAAUAGUACCACUUCAUAAAAGACCAGACCUAAUUCCAGACUGUUGUACAUUACUGAAUUCUGAAUGGCCAAGAAGUGAAACUGCACGGUUAAAAUUUCUGAAUGUAUCAUGCGAUGAGUUUCCCACAUGUCUUAUACUAAUAGACAAAGAGGACAGAGUCCUUGGUCAUUGUAAAAUAUCUUUAAUACCUCGAUUACGUCAUAGUUGUUUUAUACAAUCAGUGAUAAUUGACUACCAGCGUAGAUCUCAGGGUUUAGGAUCUAGACUACUACGUGGAGCUGAGGAACAUGUAGCAAAGAAAGGAAUUAAAAAUGUAUAUUUAAUAACUAAAGGCCAAGAACUUUUUUACCUAAAAAAUGGAUAUAAAACCUGUGAUCCAUUUAAAGCAUCAGGCAUCAAUGAUGUUGUAUAUUCUAGUGCAGCAUUUACUAAAGCAAAGCUUAAAGAAAAAAGUACACAAUAUUGUGGUCCACCACCACCUCCAAUGCCAAACUUUCAGAUGCCAAAGUUCUAUGAUCUAGGUAUCUUAACACACAGAACACAUAUGGUAAAAAGAUUAUCAUCACAGUAACAGUUUUAUUUUUUUCAAGAUUCUUUUAUAUUCCACAAAUGUAUAUUAUUUAUUUAUUUAUCUAAAAAAUUAUUUUUUUAAUUGCUUUUAAAUACAGAAACACUUCUCAUGCACA